AUGACAAUUGAGUAUACUUGGUGGAAAGACGCUACUAUUUAUCAAAUUUGGCCAGCUUCAUAUAAAGAUUCCAAUGGUGAUGGAAUUGGUGAUAUUCCCGGGAUAAUUUCUACAUUGGAUUAUCUUAAAGAAUUGGGUAUUGAUAUUAUUUGGUUAAGCCCAAUGUAUAAAUCUCCUAUGGAAGAUAUGGGAUAUGAUAUUAGUGAUUAUGAAUCUAUAAACCCUGAUUUUGGUACUAUGGAAGAUAUGCAAAAUUUAAUUGAUGGAUGUCAUCAGCGAGGAAUGAAAAUUAUUUGUGAUUUAGUAGUCAAUCAUACAUCUUCUGAACACGAAUGGUUUAAACAAUCAAGAUCUCUGAAAACAAACCCCAAAAGAGAUUGGUAUAUUUGGAAAAAACCUAAAAUUGACUCUAAAACAGGAGAAAAAUUACCACCAAAUAAUUGGAUGUCAUACUUUUCCGGGUCAGCCUGGGAAUAUGAUGAAUUAACUGAUGAAUAUUAUUUAAGAUUAUUUGCCAAGGGGCAACCUGAUUUAAAUUGGGAAAAUGAAGAAUGUCGUCAAGCAAUUUAUAAUUCAGCCAUGAAAUCAUGGUUUCAAAAAGGGGUUGAUGGAUUUAGAAUUGAUGUUGCUGGUUUAUAUUCUAAAGAUCAAUCAUUCAAAGAUGCUCCUAUUGUUUUCCCUGAUCAAACGUAUCAACCAUCUGGUGAUUUAACUUCUAAUGGACCAAGAAUUCAUGAGUUUCAUCAAGAAAUGUAUCGUGAAGUCACUUCUAAAUAUGAUGUUAUGACCGUAGGGGAAAUUGGCCAUUGUGAUAGAGAUGAAGCAUUAAAAUAUGUUAGUGCUAAAAGAAAAGAAUUAAACAUGAUUUUCUUAUUUGAUUUGGUUGAAGUUGGAUCAAAUGAUCAAGAUAGAUUUAGAUAUAAUGGUUGGAAUUUAAUUGAUUUCAAAAAGGCAAUUAAAAAUCAAAGUGAUUUUAUAAAGGGUACCGAUGCUUGGUCAACUGUUUUCAUUGAAAAUCAUGAUCAACCAAGAUGUAUUUCAAGAUUUGGAAAUACUAAAUCAUUAGAUUCAUCAGUCAAGACUGGGAAAUUAUUAGCCAUGUUACAAACUACAUUAACGGGGACAUUGUUUAUUUAUCAAGGACAAGAAAUUGGAAUGACCAAUUUACCAAGAUCUUGGUCGAUCGAUGAAUAUAAAGAUAUCAAUACCAUUAAUUAUUAUAAAGAUUUCAAAAAGAGAUAUGGUAAUGAACCAGAUUUUAAACAACGUGAAGAAAAAUUGUUAGAUGUGAUUAAUUUAGUGGCAAGAGAUCAUGCUCGUUCACCAGUUCAAUGGAAUGAUAAUGAACCUUAUGCAGGGUUUUCAACACACCAACCAUGGACUAGAGUUAAUGAUAAUUAUAAACAAAUUAAUGUUGCUAAUGAAUUAAAAGAUCCAAAUUCAGUAUUAAAAUUUUAUCAAACUUUAUUGAAAUUAAGGAAAAAUUAUAAAGAUUUAUUUAUUUAUGGAUCAUUUGAUAUUUUAGAUUUCAAUAAUGAAAAAGUGUUCACCUAUAUCAAGCAACAUCAAGAUGGAAGUUUACCUAAAGCUUAUGUGACACUUAACUUUGCAAAUGAACUGAUUCCAUUUAAACCAUUGAUUGAAGGAGAAUUUAAAUUGAUUAGUACCAAUGUCCAACAAUCUGAAUAUGAUACAUCAGUUUUGUCUCCUUAUGAAGGUAGAAUUUAUAUCGUUGAAUAG